GAGGGACAUCUCCACGACGUCCCUGAAAGAGGCACCCGAAGAAAAGGCGCUUCCACUGUGCUGGAAGGCCGUGAAGCCUUUUAAGUCCGUCCUUGAACUCAAUAAAUACUUCCAGCCUAUAGUCCUUGGCUUCGUAAGUGGCAAGAGUCUAGCUCAAAUGGUGAUUCCCCCGGAGAAUUAUUUCAUCGUCACGGAAAAAGGCAACGCUUGCCUGGGUAUCCUCAAUGGAAAUGAUGUUGGUCUCAAGGACUUAAUCCUUAUCGGAGACAUAUCGAUGCAGGAUAUGAUAAUUGUUUACGAUAAUGAGAAUCAACGGAUUGGAUGGGCAACUGGCUGCAAUCGGCUCAUUUCUGGAAAUGCUGAAGAAUACGAAGUUGGAUUCCAGUUCCACGACGGUAUUUUUUCUCAGCUCCAAUUUGCGGGAAUUGGUGCUCUCCAAGAGUAGUCGAUUUAUUCAGUACAGUGCUCCAAGUAGGUUGUUAUUAGUGAAAUGUAGAUUGGUUGCAAAUAUCCUGUAUUUCAAUUCCUAAUGCAAUCACGUGAUCAUACAUGUUUAAACAAUUACAGAAUAAUUUUUUUGUUCACAAAUAUAACCGCCUUCUUAGAAAUGUGUGUAAAGUGCCAGCAAUUUUGCUGGAAGCGACUU